AGGAAUGGAAAAUCAAAGUGUUUUUGUGGGUGAGGCGCCGAGGUACACUCGCAACAAGAGAAGGCAAUAUCAGCGCCAACGACGUAAGGCACAGCCGCAAAUUUCAGGUCUAAUAAAAGUAGAACCAGAGGCUGGCAAAGUCAACAAUUGUCAGCGAAAAAGACCCAUCAAGAGCCACCUGUAUGACUCCACCAGCGAUGAGGAUAUGUCCAUCAAACGUAAGCCUACAGACGCCUCGCGGUACAAAAUUCAAGUUAAAUGCGAGAAUGGGUUCCCGAAUAUCGAGGAGCAGCACGGCAACAAGAUCAAGCAGCCUUUCUCAGCAUGGAACAACAACAGGAAGCCCAAGAAAGAGGAUCUACCACAACCACCGCAAUCUUGGCUUUAUUCCAGCCAAUCUGGGGGCUUCCGAAAUCCAGACUUUUGUGAUAACCAAAGCUGGAACUCUGGCGGCUCACAUCAGAAUCAGCCGCAGUGGCAAACACAAGCAAGGCAAGAACACGUAUAUUCAGCGCAAGGCCGUAGUGCCAGGAACCCAUAUAUGAACCGUCCUCAGGGACCCUCCAAUGGGGGUUAUAUUAUUGAACAUCAAUGGAACACGACCGUUAUCCAUCACAAGUAA